UUUUGUUUCUUUUCCUAGUGGCAUAUGUGCGCUGUAUUUUGGUAGUCCAAGUUGCCGCUUGGGUUGCUGUGGAGGAGCGUGCUGAGUCGUUGGCUGAGGAGGAGGAGAAGGAGAAGGUGGCCGUACCUGGCCUUCACCUCCACCGCAAAGCUCUGCUCCUCGCCUAACCCAAAUGGGUGACGUGGCCAAGGACCUGACGGCCGGCACGGUGGGUGGCGCGGCGCAGCUGGUGGUGGGCCACCCGUUCGACACCAUCAAGGUGAAGCUCCAGAGCCAGCCUACGCCGCCGCCCGGCCAGCCGCCCCGCUACGCCGGCGCCGUCGACGCCGUCAAGCAGACGCUGGCCGCCGAGGGGCCCCGGGGCCUGUACAAGGGCAUGGGCGCGCCCCUCGCCACCGUCGCCGCAUUCAACGCCGUCCUCUUCACCGUCAGGGGACAGAUGGAGGCCGUGCUGCGGUCCGAGCCCGGCUUGCCGCUCACCGUCGGCCAGCAGGUCGUUGCAGGCGCCGGCGCCGGGGUCGCCGUCUCGUUCCUGGCCUGUCCCACCGAACUCAUCAAGUGCAGGUUGCAAGCCCAGAGCGCCUUGGCGACCGCUGCCCCUGCUCCGGCCGCCGCUGCCGCCGGUGCAGGAGGCGCUGCUGCUGCCACCGUCGCCGCCCCUGCCGCGGCAGUGAAGUAUGGCGGCCCGAUCGACGUCGCGAAGCACGUGCUUAAAUCGGAAGGCGGCACGCGCGGCCUCUUCAAGGGUCUCGUCCCGACGCUGGGGCGCGAGGUCCCCGGCAACGCCAUCAUGUUCGGCGUGUACGAGGCGAUCAAGCAGCUCAUCGCCGGCGGGCAGGACACCUCCCAGCUCGGCCGUGGCUCGCUGAUCGUGGCCGGCGGCCUCGCCGGCGCCUCCUUCUGGGGCACCGUGUACCCGACCGACGUCGUCAAGAGCGUGCUCCAGGUGGACGACUACAAGAACCCCAAGUACUCCGGGUCCAUGGACGCAUUCAAGAAGAUCCUCGCCGCCGACGGCGUGAAGGGCCUGUACAAGGGAUUCGGCCCCGCCAUGGGGCGCAGCGUCCCGGCGAACGCUGCAUGCUUCUUGGCGUACGAGGUGACCAGGUCCGCGCUAGGGUGAUCGCUUGGUAGCUUGCUUGGACCGUUUCAGUUCGUUCUGAUUUUUCUUCCCCGCUUCAUAUCCAUGUCCUGACGACGACGACGACGAUCAUGCCAACAGUUAAAUUCUGUAAAAGAAAGUUUCUAUAUGAAAUUUGCAUUGUA